CUCGCCCAUCCACUGCGUAGUCCACUUGUCUUAGCACGUUACAGCUUGCGUUUUAGACACCAGCGUCUGGUUCUGGUUUAGAAUGUUGUCCAGUUCUGCACCCGGUCCACCCAACCUCUGCAACUCUACUCGAUACCGCGGCAUCCAGUCUAGUAGUCAACUUCCACAGCCAUGCCUGGGCCGCACAUGCCCGGUCUCGUCGUUGCGUCAACGCGCGAUUCCAGCGCCGAAAGCCUCCCAACAGCACCAGCUUCUUGGCGCCCGGGCAGCCGCUCCAGCGGCGCUGCCCUCAAACUCAAACGCCGACUCACACCAUGAAGGCCCUGCGGUCGCUGCGGGGGUCGGGCGACCCCUCUUCUCCAGCGGCCCAUCGCCCCAACAGCAACCUCCUGCCCAUCGCCCCAGCAGCAGCGUCCUAGCGUGGCUGUGGACCGCGUUUUGCUCGGCGGCGAGCGCAGUCCUGCGUGUGCUCGCCGCCGCGUUCUGCAUCUGGCUCGCCGGCCUUGCGCCGCGGCCGUCGCUGGCCACCGCCGCGGUGUCCGCCGGCGCCUCCGAGGCCCGCGUCCUCUCCACCAACUCCGCCUCAGGGCUGCUGCCAGAAGCAAUAGCUACCGGCGGCAGUAGCAGCAGCAGCAGCAGUAGCAGCAGCGCCGGCGGCGGCCUCAGUCGCAGUGGGGUCAGCGGCGCAGCCGCUACAGUCGCCGCCGCCCACACAAAUUUCAGCUCGGGGGCCCGCGCCCCAACCGAGUCGGAGGCCGAGGCUGCCGCCGCUCGCCGCCUCAGCGGACAGGACGCGGGACCGUCCGGCCAGGCCCACACACUCCCACGGGCGCUACUCGUGGGAAGCGGCGGUGGCGCGAGGCACCUCAGACCGUCGGCUGCAGCCAACGGCAGUAGCAGCAGCGCUGGCGUCGCCAGCGGCAGUAGCAGCGGCGGCGGCGCCGCCAGCGGCAGUAGCAGCGGCGGCGGCGCCGCGGCAGCCAGUCCUGUGCUUGGGGAGCUGUCGCUCAGCUACGAGCCGACGUCCGGGCUCGCUUUCUCGGGGGCAGGUGCGGCUUCCGCCACUGCCUUUGCCAGCAGUAGCGCUGGGGCAGGGGCGCUCACCCGCAGUGGCUACAGCCAAGGCUAUAGCCAAGGCGGCAGCGGCAGUAGCAGCACCAGCGGCGGAGGCGGAGGCGGCAGUAGCGGCACCUUCACGUACGGCGCCGCCUCCGGCUACGGCUCGCAGCAGCAGCAGCAGCAGGGGCUACAGCCGGCGUCGGUGGCAGCUGGGGUCGGCAGUAGCAGCAACCGCGGCAACAGCAGUAGCUUAAGCUCGGGCCUGGCAGCAUCAGGGGUGUCCACGUCAGCGGACGCUGGCGCCGCCGCGCCGGCGGCGGCCGGCGGCGGCGCAGCCGCCACGGAUGGCGCCGCCGCAGGCGGCGGCACCAGCAGCAGCAGCGGCGGCGGCGGCGGGUCUGCUUCGGGCGGGGGUUCAGCGGCGGCUCUGCCGCCGGGAGUGGCUGCAGAGGACGUGGCGCUGGCGUCGGCGCUGGGUCUGGGGGUGGGGGAGGCGGCUGUGGUUCGGCUGUUUGAGCGGUGGCGGCCCAGUGUGGUCAACAUCAGCGGCAUGCGGGCCAUGCAGACGUUCACCACCCUGGACCUUGCCAAGGUGCCCACCGGACAGGGCAGCGGGUUCAUCUGGGGCGACCGCGGCUGUGUGGUCACGGCCUACCACCUGGUCAAGGGCGCGGCCGAGGUCAAGGUCACACUGUACGACAACAGCAGCUACACCGCCAAGGUUUUGGGCCAUGACGCCGCAAAGGACAUUGCCGUACUCAAACUGUCCGUGCCCAAGAGCAAGCUGCGCGAGCUGCAGCCUGUGUCACCCGGCUCCGCCGCGGGGCUGCGUGUGGGGCAGUGCGUGUACGGCAUCGCCAACCCCUGGGGGCUGGGUCACACGCUGAGCCAGGGCCUGGUGAGCGGCCUGGGCUGCGAGCUGUCCGGCUGCGGCCUGCUGCCGCUAAAAGGCGUGAUCGCAGCCACCACGGGACUGGGUCCGGGCUCCGACCCGGGCAGCAGCGGCGGCGUGCUGCUGGACAGCAGGGGGGCGGUGGUGGGCAUGCUGGUGUCGCCGCCCGCCAGUGGCGGCGGCGGCGGCGGCGGCGGCGGGCGCAGCUACGCGGUGCCGCUGGACGCGGUGCGGGGGCUGGUGGCGCAGAUCCUGUCGUACGGCCGUACGGUACGGCCGGCGCUGGGAAUCACAAUGGCGCCGCCGCAGGUGUUGGAGCGGGUGGGUGUGGAGGGCGUGCUGGUGCUUGAGGUGCCGCCGGGCUCGCCCGCACACGCGGCCGGGCUGAGGCCCACACACCGGGACAUCUUCGGCGACCUGGUGCUGGGGGACGUGGUGGUGGGGCUGGAUGGCAAGCCCGUGCGCAGCGCCGCAGACCUGUACGACAUACUGGACGAACACCGCGUGGGCGACCGCAUCAAGCUGGAUGUGCUGCGAGACGGCAAGGCCACCGGGCUGACGGUGACGCUGGGGGAGCGGGUGUUGGGGGGCUCGGAGGAGUAAAGGAGGUGUUGCAGUGGCGUAGCGUGUGUGGCGGGGUGAGGUAAUACAAUAUGGUGUGUGUGUGUGAUGGACAGUGGUAAGGCAAGUUGAUAAAGUCCCGUAGGGUGCAGCUGAUUCCCAGAACCCAACAAAUGGCACAAUAUGGUGAGUAUGGGUGGGGUGUUGCGUUUGUGUGGUACUAUGGUGCGGACGUGGGCGCAAACUUUUGUGUGCCGAAGUAAUGGAACACCGGUCAUCUGUCGCUAAUGCACGCUGCGUGACCCGGCGUGGCAGUCCUAGGAAUAGCCGCACGUGCUAGCCUUUGCGGAUGGCCGAGGGAGCACGCACCUUUGUCCAAGUUGGUGAGAUGGGGCUGCAGAGCAUUGCGGCUGUUGGGCAGACCGCUGAGCGCUUGGGAGAGCUGGGUUGCUUGGGGGAGAGGGGGAUGUGGUCCGGACUCCGGAGCAGCGACCGGAUGAAGCCAUCACGGUCAGCGGAGACCCCUCCCCUGCACACGGUCGUGACGGGAAGCCGGCGACGAAUUUAAGUCGCAACCGACCUGAACAGUUGGGCGGGGCGAAGGUGGGCAGCGGAGAGGUUUGGAUGCCGGACGGUGGCCGCGGGAUGAGGCUGCUGUGUAUUGGUGGCGGGCCAAUGGUGUGACUGGGGGGGAGCGCGUGCUGGGGGCAUCGGAAGCGGGUUUGGGGAGCUGGCCAUUCCGCAACAUCG